CCGCCGACCUUUAGGGUCGCGAAUGAGCCUGAAUGAUGUCGCCUGGACCCCCUCCUCAACCCAUCUAUCCAUACCAAGCACGAAACACAAUACCGUCAUCGUCUCCAAUUGCCGAGUCGCUGCGACCUAUGCCCUCCGCAAUACCGGUAUUUCAAUCCCACACCCACCCCCAACUCCCUCCGCCGUCCAUAUUUGGAAGUCCACAGAUUGCACCAGUACGUUUCUCCGGGCCUGUACUGGCGCCUCUAGCGAAUCCUAGCUCCGGUGCUAGUGCCGGCGGACCAGCAUUACCACCACCUGUGCAGACGCAACAGCCAUCGACUCACAUUCCACCACAAAAUCCACUCCCUCCCCAACACAUUCCGAGUCCAUUACAGACUCCUCGUGGCAAAAAUGAGGGAAAUCAAGUCUCAAACCGGUUAGCACGACUUAUGCCAUCGCAGCCCUUUCCAUCGCCCGCUUCUUCGGGGUAUCCAUCGCCUUCACCCUUUAGCGUCGAUCAGGGCUAUGACCGGAGGAGGAGGUUCAGUGGGGAUUCCGAACCAGACCGACGAAGGUAUGAGAAACCGAACAAUUAUAUUGAUUGCUAUACCCCCGGAUAAAUGGGUUGCCUUUUCAUCAGUUAACUCAACUACCAGGUCGAGCAUCAACGCUAUGAUACCUUCCCCAACAUACACUGCAAAGCGCCCAAUCGAUGAGGGCUUCCCGGACGAGCAGCAACAACACUCAGGUUACGGCCCAUCGUUCACCCCGACAUCCGUAGAGGACGUCGCAACCACACGUAGAGAUACCCCUGUUCAGAGAAGGUCAGUUUAAACAUUGCGCCGGGAGCGGUUUGAAAGGGGUGGGCACCAAUUUGUUGAUAUGUAUCUGUGAUAGCCCCGGUCGCUACGAGAUCCAGGUACGCCAACAACCAGUAGCAGCUCGAGCGUGUGGUUUCGGUGAGCGAGACCGCAGGGUGAUCGACCCACCUCCAAUCGUUCAACUGAUCAUAAACGACUCAGCAGGGAACUCAGAUCCGACGGAGAUGCGCUACCCGUUUAAUGUUGUUCACUGCACGCUGUGGAGCAUAGACGGACAUUCGGAUGAGACGGCCCUGAUAGGCAUGGAUAAAAGACAGACGCGGCGACUUAUGGGAACGCUGGUCUCAUCACCAUUUGUUGGGCAGGAUGAGGAAGGGAAGGAGGGCUGUUUCUUCUGCUUUCCGGACCUAUCAUGUAGAACACAUGGCAAGUACCGAUUACGAUUCGUCCUGAUGAGACUCGAACCCAGUGACCUGCCGCCUGAGGGCUACACACCAAUAAUAACGGAGACAUUGAGCGACAUUUUCACGGUCUAUACGGCGAAGGAAUUCCCGGGAAUGCGGCCUAGCACUUCUCUGACGAAAGCGCUCAAACGGCAAGGAUGUGCUAUCUCAGUCAAGAAGGGCAACGAGAAGGCACUUGGAGGGGCUCGCGGUGGUAGUGGAAAGGAUGAGGGUAGUGGAGAUGAUGAUACACCCUCAACAGCAGCAGGGAAACCCAAACGCAGAAGGAAAACAUGAUGGAGGCAUUAGGAUUCAACGGACAAGGGGCCGAUGAUAGGGGCCUAGUUCAGGGCAAAUGUAUUCAUUUUUGUUUCCAAGGAAUAUUGGCAACCCUUUUUCCCUCUCCUCUCCUCUCCCUUGGUUGGAGUAGGCUUCUUUUUUCUUUUUUUCCCUUUUUUUCUGCAGACGGGCACAUCCUUUCCUUUUUAUUUCCUUGGAAGGCAAAUGAUAAAGCGGAACGUGCAAAGGAUUAUUUCCGAGGGGAGGGCAUAGGAGACGAUGGGGCGAGUGGUGAUGAUGAUUAGGGAUGUUUGGAUAUCCUUGGGGACAUACAACCUCAACGGUCCCUCACUUUCUCCUUUCUUACUCUUCUCUGAGCCGUUUCCCUUCCGAGGCAGGCGUUAUGGAAACGUCGGGAAUGGUUGGCAGGUCGCAGAAUUCAGUUAUAGUUUUGGUUAUUGGGCGCACAUGGGCAAAUGCAUCUCUGUGCCGGGUGGUGGGGGGAACUGGGGGAAUCCCUUUUUCAUUCUUUAUUUCUCUCUUAUUUCUUCAACAGGCUCCCUCUCUCAUUACCAUCACUCCCUAAUUUUCCUCCGCUCUCCUUGUUUAAAUUGUACCCGGUCCAGAUAAGGGGGAGAAUUUGGGAAGGCCUCUCUUUUCUUUUUGCUACUGUUUCCACUAUUAUUGUUACCACCACCGCCGCCACCACUAGUCUUAUAUAUUCAAUACUUGUGUGGUUCAUAUAUAUGUUCAUUGUUCAUACAGAACUUGCUUUUGUAUGUUAAUUUUUUUUUUCUGUUCCUCUUUCUCUUUUCCUUUUUCCACUCUCUGCACUUGAUGCGUUCCUCCUCCCAUAUUACAAUGGCCUGAGGUCGGUCGAGUCCUUUUUCCCCCCUUCCUACUUACUUCCCCCCCAUUUCCCUAAUACCGGAACCACCAGCCUUUUUUCCUGUCUUACCCUUUUACUCUUUUCUCUCUUCUCUCCCCCCCAUCUUCGACCCUGGAAAAUAAACCCCACCCAAAAAAAAAGAAGGGAAAAAAAGAAGAAACAGAAAAAAAACCACUCGGAAGGAAAGAGAAAGAACCCCCCCCCCCAUUGUAACAAUUGUCUAUCCACCCAUCUACCUAUCUGUUAUCCUCUUCGAUGGCGGCUAAAGUUUGCGGUACUCGAGUAUUGCCCCGCGCCCCCGGAUGGCAAGUCGAUCAUCAAAUCUUGGGAGCUCCAGGGUUGAUUUUCAUCUGCCCCCUGUCAGAAGAGCCUCCUCCAUCAUUGCCCUUCUCGCGCGCCCGAGUUAUAAAGGAGGUUACAAGCUUGCCUGCCUGCCUGUUUGUUUGUUCCUCAUGUGCGCGAAUGUAAAUCUUUCUUGAAGGAUUGGCGAUUCGGGUUGCUUAUGUAGAUGUACCUGCGCCCGCCCAGCGCUUGUACAGUAUGGCAGUACUGAAGGUGGAUGGAGGUGUCUCACGGAUACUGAAUGUCUCGACCGCGGGGUGGCACUAUACUACCUGUACUGAAUACUUUUGGAUGGUGGGAAAAGGAGAAUGGGAAACGUGGAGUGGAGUGGAGGGGUGUUUUUUGCGUCUAUGUUGGCGAUUGGAAGGCAAAGCGGGGCCGGGGAACACUCGCGCGAGAGGCCGACCGGAGGGGUGAGGGU